AUGGAAAGACUUUCACAAUGAAAUUCUUUGAAAAUAUCUCUGCAAGCUGUAGAUUUCCAAGAAAAUAUAAUGGAUAAUAUACUGCAGAAUGCUAGCAAUACGAAAGAAGCUGUUAAAUUAAUAGAAAACAAUGAAAUUAUUUUGAUGGAGUCUAACAAAGCAGCCAUGAAGGCUCGCGAAGGAGCCAAAAAGGCUCGCGAAGAAGCCAAGAAGGCUCGCGAAGAAGCCAUUGAAGCUCGCGAAGCAGCCAAGAAUGCUCGCGAAGAAGCCAUUAAAGCUCGUGAAGCAGCCAAGAAGGCUCGCGAAGAAGCCAAGAAGGCUCGCGAGGAAGCCGAGAAGGCUCGCGAGGAAGCCGAGAAGGGUCGUGAAGAAGCCAAGAAGGCUCGCGAAGAAUCCAAGAAGGCUCGCGAAGAAGCCAAGAAGGUGCGUGAAGCAGCUUUGAGAGUUAACACAAGAAGGCAAAUAAGUCCAAGAGAAAUGAGUCCUCAACUAUUACAGAUCAGCGAGCAGCUUGCUGAUCAUGAAGAAGGAAAAGAAGUUGAUCAAUCUCUAUAGCAUACCCCUCGUGGUUGCUCGCCAUUAAGUAUAGAAGUUUCCUAUGUUUGGCGCUGUAAGGCCGAUAAAUUCUGAUCGGAAUUUAUCGGUAGGUUGCACCAAAUCAAUGCCUUGGUCGGACCAAAAGCGAUUUGGUCCGACGAACUUGGAAAGCUCCUGGGAAAAUGUCUGCGCUUUUAGCGCUAUAUAGAGGAAACCUCUAUACCCCCUCCCCUUUCACCCACCCCCUGAUGGCCCUGAAAAUUUUAAAUGUUAAAAUAUUAUUUGACAAGUCCCCCUCAAAUAUUUUAACUUGUUAAAUUAAUAUUUAACAUUUAAAAAUAUUUUGGACCGUUAUGGGGUGGGUAGCAUGGGGAGAGGGCGCUCAAGGCCAAUCCAAAACAGGGUGUAAGCUAUACCAUCAGACCAAUUAAAUGUGAAUUACAAUUUUUCUGAUAGAUUUAAUUAUUCAAAAGGGAUAUCUGAAAGAAAUAAGCAAAAACCAAGAAAAAUUGACUAUCAAAUUGGGAUGGCGCCUGAUUUAUGCGCUAUUUGCAUUGAAAAAUUUACAAUAAAUGAAGCUAUAUUCGGAUUGCCACGCAAUCAUCUGUUCCAUCAAAAUUGUAUAAUGGGGUGGCUAAGUAGAAAAACCAAGUGCCCUUUAUGUAAUUUAAAUCUAUAA